AUGGUGCCUAAUGUCGGCCAUUGUAAUACAAACGAAAGGUCACUUAUAACUGCAUGUGAUUGUGGACAGUUAGAUAUAGUGAAACAGAUUAUUAAAGGUGGAGCUGAUGUUAAUAUGAAAGAUGGGGAUAAAACACCGCUUAUAGUUGCAUGUUUUAAAGAACAUUUACAUGUAGUUAAGGAAUUGAUUAAAGCAGGGGCAGAUGUCAAUCUAGAAAAUGAAUUUAUUUCACCUCUGCAGGUAGCCUGUUAUGAAGGACAUUUGAGUAUAGUCAAAGAGUUGAACAAAGCGGGAUUUGACUACAAUCACAUAACAGGUGCUAAAAAGGGGCUCAUGGGUGCUUGCUUUUUUGGACAUACCAGUGUAGUUAAGGAGUUGACUGCAUGUCAUGUUCAAGUCAAUCUAAAAUAUAAAAAUGAAACGCCGUUAACAACUGCCAGUUUUAUGGGACAUUUAAACAUUUUCAAAGAGUUGAUAAAAGCAGGAGCUGAUAUUAACCUAACUGGAAGUAGAACAUUACUGACACUUGCAUGCUAUCGUGGACAUGUCAGUAUUGUAAGAGAGUUGAUAAAAAAUGGAGUCUUUGUCAAUCAAAGCGAUGAAAAAGAAACAUCACUAUCAAUUGCAUCUGAAAGAGGACAUGCUGAUGUGGUCGAGGAGCUUUUAAAAGCGGGAGCCGAUGUCAAUCAAAGCGAUGGAAAAAAAACACCACUAACAACUGCAUGUGAAAAUGGACACGAUGUUGUGGUCGUGGAGCUUAUGAAAGCAGGAGCCGACGUCAAUCAAAGCGAUGGAAACAAAACACCACUAACAACAUCUACAGAUGGAAUAAGGAACAUACCUGUGGUCCUGAGGCUAAUAAAAGCGGGAGCUGAUGUCAAUCAAAGCGAUGGAAACAAAACACCACUUAUAGCAAAUUGUGAAAAAGGACAAGCUUAUGUGGUCAAGAUGCUGAUAAAAGCGGGAGCUGAUGUCAAUCAAAGCGAUGGAAACAAAACACCACUUAUAGCUGCAUGUGAAAAAGAUCACCAUUUUGUGGUCGAGAUGCUGAUAAAAGCGGGAGCUGAUGUCAAUCAAAGCGAUGGAAACAAAACACCAUUAACAACUGCAUGUGAAAGAGGAUACUAUUAUGUGGUUGAGGAGCCAAUAAAAGCGGGAGAUGAUGACAAUCAAUGCGAUGAAAACGAAACACCACUUACAACUCCAUGUAAAAGACGACACCAUUUUGUAGUCGAGAAGUUAAUAAAAGCAGGAGCUGAUGUCAACCAAAGCGAUGGAAACAAAACACCAUUAACAGCGGCAUGUGAAAAAGGACACCAUUAUGUGGUCAAGGAGCUAAUAAAAGCGGGAGCUGAUGUCAAUCAAAACGAUGGAAACAAAACACCACUAACAACUGCAUGUGAAAAAGGACACCAUUAUGUGAUCCAGGAGCUAAUAAAAGCGGGAGCUGAUUUCAAUCAAAGCGAUGGAAACAAAACACCACUAACAACUGCAUGUGAAAGAGGAUACUAUUAUGUGGUUGUGGAGCCAAUAAAAGCAGGAGAUGAUGACAAUCAAUGCGAUGAAAACGAAACACCACUUACAACUUCAUGUGAAAGACGACACCAUUUUGUAGUCGAGGAGCUAAUAAAAGCGGGAGCUGAUGUCAACCAAAGCGAUGGAAACAAAACACCACUAACAACGGCAUGUGGAAAAGGACACGAUGAUGUUGUCGAGGAGCUAAUAAAAGCAGGAGCCGACGUCAAUCAAAGCGAUGGAAACAAAACACCACUAACAACUGCAUGUGAAAAAGGACACGAUGGUGUGGUCGAGGAGCUAAUAAAAGCGGGAGCUGAUUUCAAUCUGAGCGAUGGAAACAAAACACCACUAACAACUGCAUGUGAAAAAGGAUACGAUGAUGUGGUCGAGGAGCUAAUAAAAGCGGGAGCUGAUGUCAAUCUAAGCGAUGGAAACAAAACACCACUAACAACUGCAUGUGAAAAAGGAUACGAUGAUGUGGUCGGGGAGCUAAUAAAAGCGGGAGCUGAUGUCAAUCAAAGCGAUGGAAACAAAACACCACUAACAACGGCAUGUGAAAAAGGGCACGAUGAUGUGGUCGAGGAGCUAAUAAAAGCGGGAGCUGAUUUCAAUCUAAGCGAUGGAAACAAAACACCACUAACAACUGCAUGUGAAAAAGGAUACGAUGAUGUGGUCGAGGAGUUAAUAAAGGCGGGAGCUGAUUUCAAUCUAAGCGAUGGAAACAAAACACCACUAACAACUGCAUGUGAAAGAAAACACUCUUAUGUGUUCGAGGAGCUUUUAAAAGCCGGAGCUGAUGUCAAUCAAAGCGAUGGAAACAAAACACCACUAACAACUGCCUGUGAAAAAGGACACCAUUAUGUGAUUCAGGAGCUAAUAAAAGCGGGAGCUGAUGUCAAUCAAUGCGAUGGAAACAAAACACCACUAACAACUGCAUGUGAAAAAGGACACGAUGGUGUGGUCGAGGAGCUAAUAAAAGCGGGAGCUGAUUUCAAUCUGAGCGAUGGAAACAAAACACCACUAACAACUGCAUGUGAAAAAGGAUACGAUGAUGUGGUCGAGGAGCUAAUAAAAGCGGGAGCUGAUGUCAAUCUAAGCGAUGGAAACAAAACACCACUAACAACUGCAUGUGAAAAAGGAUACGAUGAUGUGGUCGAGGAGCUAAUAAAAGCGGGAGCUGAUGUCAAUCAAAGCGAUGGAAACAAAACACCACUAACAACGGCAUGUGAAAAAGGGCACGAUGAUGUGGUCGAGGAGCUAAUAAAAGCGGGAGCUGAUUUCAAUCUAAGCGAUGGAAACAAAACACCACUAACAACUGCAUGUGAAAAAGGAUACGAUGAUGUGGUCGAGGAGUUAAUAAAGGCGGGAGCUGAUUUCAAUCUAAGCGAUGGAAACAAAACACCACUAACAACUGCAUGUGAAAGAAAACACUCUUAUGUGGUCGAGGAGCUUUUAAAAGCCGGAGCUGAUGUCAAUCAAAGCGAUGGAAACAAAACACCACUAACAACUGCCUGUGAAAAAGGACACCAUUAUGUGAUUCAGGAGCUAAUAAAAGCGGGAGCUGAUGUCAAUCAAUGCGAUGGAAACAAAACACCACUAACAACUGCAUGUGAAAGAGAACACUCUUAUGUUGUCGAGGAGCUAAUAAAGGCGGGAGCUGAUCAAAUAAAAUCGGGAGCUGGUGUCAAUCAACGCGAUGGAAACAAAACACCACUAACAACUGCAUGUGAAAAAGGACACCAUUAUGUGAUCCAGGAGCUAAUAAAAGCGGGAGCUGAUGUCAAUCUAAGCGAUGGAAACAAAACACCACUAACAACUGCAUGUGAAAGAAAACACUCUUAUGUGGUCGUGGAGCUUUUAAAAGCCGGAGCUGAUGUCAAUCAAAGCGAUGGAAACAAAACACCACUAACAACUGCCUGUGAAAAAGGACACCAUUAUGUGAUUCAGGAGCUAAUAAAAGCGGGAGCUGAUGUCAAUCAAUGCGAUGGAAACAAAACACCACUAACAACUGCUUGUGAAAGAGAACACUCUUAUGUUGUCGAGGAGCUAAUAAAAGCGGGAGCUGAUGUCAAUCAAAGCGAUGAAAACAAAACACCACUAACAACUGCUUGUGAAAAAGGACAUCAUGUUGGCGUUGAAGAGCAAAUAAAAUCGGGAGCUGGUGUCAAUCAACGCGAUGGAAACAAAACACCACUAACAAUUGCAUGUGAAAAAGGACACCAUUAUGUGAUCCAGGAUCUAAUAAAAGCGGGAGCUGAUGUCAAUCAAAGCGAUGGAAACAAGACACCACUAAUAACUGCAUGUGAAAAAGGAUACUAUUAUGUGGUCAAAGAGCUAAUAAAAGCGGGAACUGAUGUCAAUCAAAGCGAUGGAAACAAAACACCACUAACAACUGCAUGUGAAAGAGAGCACUCUUAUGUGGUAGUGGAGCUAAUAAAAUCUGGAGCUGAUGUCAAUCAAAGCAAUGGAAUUAAAACACCACUUGUAGUUGCAUGUGAAAGGGGAUAUAUUACUGUGGUCAAACAAUUGAUAAAAGCUGGAGUUAAUAUCAAUCAAAGCGUUGGAAACAAAACCCCACUUAUAGUUGCAUUUGAAAAGAAACAUUGGAUUGUUGUAAAAGAACUAAAUAAGGUCAUCGCUGAUGCCAAUGAAAGUAAGAAAAGCAAAAGAAAACAAAAAACACCACCAACAGUUGAUAAGAAAUUGGGCAUUAACAGAUGCUCUAUUUUCUGA